AUGGCUCUCUUUCGAAGCCCCCGAUGGCGCUCACGAAGGAGCCAUCUGCUUCCAGCUAUCUACCUGAUCGGGCUGCUCACUCUGACAGGUAUCGCCCUUAUCUGGUACGGCGUCAACUCAGACCGCGAAUAUAUCUAUCCUUUACUCACGCAGUUAAUUCCUGCGGGCCACUGUGCGUGUCUUACCUCGACCACGUUUCAAUGUGCGAGCUGCUUAACCUGCGCCCAUCAAGACCGUUUACCUCAGACCGCACUUCCUUCUAGCCCGAGCUGGGUGUUUGAUCCUGGUCAAGAUGGUGACAAUGAAGCACUGAGUCGAGCCCAGUGCAUAGCUGCUUUCCCCGGUCUGUUUGAAGAUCUCCUGCGUGCAGACACGUUCUGGAGAGAGAAUGGCGGCCUCCAAGUCGAGCAUCUGAAACACAUCACGAUCAAGCACGGCAUGGCGCGAGUUUUCAUCCAUCGCGGGGAGCUGUAUGUGGCAAAAGCCCUGUCAAGAGGCGAAGAUCAUCGGCGUAAGGUCUUAGCAGUGCUGAGUGCCAUACACCGCGCACUAGUCACAAACCUGGAACGAGCAUCAUAUCAAGAUCUAGAAUUUAUCUUCUCUGUAGAGGAUAAAGUCACGGAUGUCACCACCACAGAUCAGCCAAUCUGGGUGUUUGCAAGGUCUGCUGGUGAAGAAGCAGUUUGGCUCAUGCCUGACUUUGGUUACUGGGCAUGGGAGAAUGUGCAGAAUUCCAUCGGGCCAUAUGACCAGGUGGUCGACCAUAUCAAGCGCACGGAAAUACCCUGGUCCCAGAAGAUCAAGCGGCUCGUCUGGCGAGGUAAACCGAGUUUUGCUCCCAAACUGCGGCGCGCACUGAUGGAUGCUGCGCGAGGCCAGCCGUGGGGUGACAUCAAACAUGUGGAUUGGAGCAAACGUACGAAUGUUAUGAGUCUGGAAAGCCACUGCCAAUACAUGUUCAUAGCUCACGUUGAGGGACGAUCUUACUCUGCGGCUCUCAAAUACCGCCAAGCGUGCAACUCGGUCGUUGUGGUUCACAAACUGCAGUACAUCCAGCAUCACCACUAUCUUCUUAAUUAUGUAGAAGUCGAAAGGGAUUUUAGCGACCUAGCAGCCAAUUUAAAGGCUUUGCUGGAUGACCCAUCACGGGCAGAACGCAUUGCUAACAACAGCGUCGAGACAUUCCGCGACCGGUAUCUCACCAAGGCGGCGGAAGCGUGCUAUUGGCGUAUGCUUUUCGAGAGAUAUAGUAGCGUUUGGAACAGCAGCGUGCCGCAUGGGUCAAAAAAUCAGCAGAAAGAGCGCGGUGUGCGAUACGAAUCGUUUGUACUCUUGGACAGUCGCAUGAUGCUUGAUUUUGACGCAACGAGCGCGACGAGCUGA